GCUCCGAAGCGUCUAAUGCAAACUACAUAUUAGCCUUGUAACAUGUUGUCUAGUAUCUACGACUAUAACCACUUGCAGCAGCCAUGCAAUCCAGAGGCUGGACGCAUUUUAGGCCCAAUACAGGCUUGGCAAUGUGCAAAAUCCAACCCUUUCCAUACCCGUCAAUCUACGUAGGUCGUCGACCGGUCAUUCGAGAGUUAGCUAGUCCUAGACGAAGCCCAGCCCGGCCGGGACCGUUGAACUUAAUUAUCGACCCAAGUGUAUCGGCUAUCCCCGACAGAAGUAUUUGCCUCUGUUUGGUUCAACUGUACAGUUACCUCAGCCACACUUGGUCGCUGUUCAGAACAACCUGUAAGGCUUAGCAGCAUCCUCAAAAUGUCGACCGACCUCCAGUGGCUCCUUAUCCGCAAAUACAACUCCUUCCUUGUGAAGAAGGUCCCUGAAGGUCCCAGCUUCUCCAAGGAGCCUGGUAACCUCCUUAACCUGCACUCGCAUAAAUAUUCCGGUCUUGCCAACUCCAAGACCAUCGACAUUCAGAGCUCUGAGUCUGGACUACAAAUCACCACCCGGAAAUCAAAGGCAUCACCACACGCUGUUCGUCCCGCACGAUCAACCGCAAACGUCCGUAACCGCUCAGGAGGCCGUCGUUCAUUGGGAGUCGUUGCUUCCGUCGCAAAGAGGGGGUACCGUCCCGACCUGAGAGCUGCUGCUCUUGGUCGUACCUCUGCACUGCUCGCUGCACAAAAAGAGAAGAAAGCUUCGCCACCGAAGAAAGUCCGGGGGAAGAAGGCAGCAGCAUCCAUUCCAUGAUUUGAUUUAUUUGUAUC